GUACGUACGUGUGAGUCCUUGCGUCUGUACUGUGUCACGCUCGGCCUGUGUAUAAAAAACUGCAAUCCGCCAACAAACCUCUCCACCACUCUCCUAUUAUCGAUCCAUCCACUGCACCUGACAUAUACAUACGACCACUAUAUGGACAUCGAGAUGGAGAGGAUGAUGGGGUGCAAGAUUCCGGCGUUCGGGUUGUGGAACUACUGCAGCGACCACCUGCCCACGACGCACUACUUGGACCUCGCAAUGCAGGCCAGGCUGCUCAACCGUCGUCAGCUGGAACAAGCACGGCUACCGCCCGGUUCCUUCAACAGCACCUCUUCCCAGUCUCCACGCAAACCCGCCCAAAUCAAGGUGAUAAGGACACAAGUGGAUCAGAAGCAGAGCAACGCCGGCGGGCUGCUGCAGGAGGACAUCAGACUGUCUGAUAGUGCAACCAGGCGUCAUAGGGCUGCUGUGGACGAGGAUCUCUACAAGGUGCCACCACCGCUCAUCUACCACAAACCUAGAAGAAAGAUGAGGAAUGUGGUCUGGAGUUUGUGGAUUGGAUGCCUCGGACUGGACUGCAUUGCCUAGCUAACUAAACAUGAAGAAUAAAGAUUAUGUGUGACUUCAAGCUACACAAUAAUUAUGAAUCAUGCCCGUAAGGGCCGGCGGCCCUGCUUCUCUUCGUCCCUAAUUAAUUAUUUGCUCUCCAGAUAGUUUUCCAUUAUCAGCCGAGCUAUUCUAUGAUUUUUAUUUUCUUUUUUCCAUCACCACUAGUUGAUAUGUAAAUCGUGCAAUUAUCAUUUUAACUGCGAACUUUCAUGCAAGUUCCACGGAUGUGCCCAUUUAUCUCCACAUAUUCUGUAUGGAGUUUUAUGCACAGAAUUAGUUCAAAAA